AUGGCUUCGCACCGCAGUCAAUAUUGGGCGUACGAGGCCAUUUUGGAGGUUGGCAAGAGGUAUGGCACGAACCACGGGAUUCGGUUCCCCAGGAUGCUUAGCCGGACGAGCAAAGGCGAUAUUGGGAAGAAAGACGCCAUGGUUCGAACCUCGGCCGGUGCACCAUCUUCAUCAGGCGUUCGGGGUGCCGAGUACACUGAUUUAGUGGCUCGGUUGGAUAGGAUCGAGGGUGACACUCAGGGUCUGUAUGCUGCUCAUGUCGAGCUGAAGAAGGCAUACGAGACCAGCCAUGUAGAGCUGAAGGGUGGUCAGAACGUAAUUAUGGAGCAGCUCAGAGACAUAUUGGCCAUGUUGAAUCGUCCGCCAACGACAGCUUCAGCACCGGAGGCCCCAGCAGAUCCAUCUACCCCACCACCAGCUGCUUCACCCCCAGUAGAAGAGGAUGAGGUCUUCCCCGACGAUUACGAUCCUUAUGAGGGAGCUCCAACGACUCCGAUCGAGGCACAACCUCUUAUCCAUGUACAUGACACCGAGUCGCAGGGUGAGAUUCUGUCCAUAGAGGCACAACCUGCAGUGGUUAAGAGUCGGAAGAGGAAGAGAAAGCCUCCUGUAUGGUUCGGUGACUAUACGGAGAUGAAGAGGAGACAUAGGCCAUCUUCGACUUUUGAUCCCCUGGAGCCACCGGACGAGAAAUUGUUAACCACUUUCCGAAAGUGGUGUGUUGGACUCAUUCCGAACCACCGACUUCGGGAUUUGAGAAGUGGUGAUUACGGUCCAGGAUUCUUUUGGAUAAUGCUCACACCAAAGGAAUGGCUUACAGAUGACCAUAUAGAUGCAGCAAUGCAUAUGCUGAGGAGGCGACGCACCGACUAUCCACUGACAUUUCCUCAGAAGGGUAUCAUUCUCUCCACAUUCGUGACCGCCAUGAUCAGCAGUGCAUGGACGAGCCACAAGGGUCCGAGGAAAAACUUUAAAUGGGAGGAAUAUAUCCUGGACUACUGCACAGGGUUUCAUAAGUCCCAAGUCUUUGAGAGAUGGAGGGGUAACGAGUUUAUUUACUUCGUUCUGCACCUUCCCACGGCAAGACACUGGGUCACAGUUGAAGUGGACAUAGAGCUGUGGAAAAUUAAUGUCUACGACUGUGAUUCCAUCAACUGCUGCCCUCGCUAA